UUGCGAGAGCAACAGCGAGCAGCCAUGGCUGCGGACGGAGAACGCUCCCCGCUGCUCCCGGCGGAGUCCGGAGAUGGGGGCGCUGGAGGACUGGUGGGACCCGCGGGGUUGAUGACAGGCCCUGCCUCGAACCCACCAGGCAAGCCGAACCCGCCUCAGGGGUUUCCUGGAUUUGGCGGGAUCGGUGAGGGGGGCCAGGCAGCUGUGCUGCCAGGAGAAGACCCCCCACCCUACUCUCCCAUGGCAUCUCCAGAGAGCGGCAGCGCUCCCAUGAUCACAUGCCGGGUCUGCCAGAGCCCCAUCAAUGUGGAGGGCAAGAUGCACCAGCAUGUUGUGAAAUGCAGCGUCUGCAACGAGGCCACGCCCAUCAAAAAUGCCCCAGCCGGGAAGAAAUACGUGCGAUGCCCCUGUAACUGCCUCCUGAUCUGCAAAGUGACAUCGCAGCGCAUUGCCUGCCCUCGGACAUACUGUAAAAGGAUCAUUAACUUGGGCCCCGUGCAUCCCGGCCCUCUGAGUCCCGAGCCCCAGCCCGUCGGCGUGCGCGUCAUCUGCGGCCACUGCAAAAACAAUUUCCUGUGGACAGAAUUCACAGACCGCACCUUAGCCCGCUGUCCGCACUGCCGUAAAGUCUCUUCCAUUGGGCGCCGCUACCCCCGGAAAAGAUGCAUUUGCUGCUUCCUGCUGGGCUUAUUAAUGGCUGUGACAGCAACAGGCCUUGCGUUUGGUACGUGGCAACAGGCCCAGAAGUACGGUGGGAUCUAUGCCUCGUGGGCCCUGGUCAUCCUCCUGGCUUUGUUAUGCCUCGGCCGAGCCAUGUACUGGGCAUGCAUGAGGGUCAGCCAUCCCGUCCAGAACUUCUCCUGAAGCUCCCCAAGCUCUCCAUUUCCACUUGCUGCCGCUCCCAGCGUGCCGUCUGCCAAGAGCCAGCCUCGCCUGCCCACUUUUCUUCCUCUCCUUUGGGGCUGGGACCAUUCGUGCCACCUUCCUGCUGUGCCAGUGCCCCGUUGAUCACCUUCACCACUUCUACCACCUCCUCACCUCGGAAGGCUCGUCUGGAGCGUGUUGCCUGGGCGGGGUGUGGAGCCCAAAACGAACAUUUGGACCGGAAGGAACUUGCUUGCUGAAAACUGUGUCUGUCCCAUAGCCAGAGGAGUUUAUACAAACCCAGUGGACAAUGGAACUCUGAUUGGACCAAUUUCAAGAAGAGAUGCUUUUGGGACCCAGGAGACUGAGCGAUUCCGUUCUGCGAACUACCGUGGUUCUGUGCUGGGACCUAUUGCAUAAAAACAUGAUCCAGUGAUACCUUAGACAAAAGCCACCCAAUGGGAGUGGGGCAUGACAAGACCCACAUUUUGAAGGUCCCUACGGUGGCUCAGCUGGGACACUUUGAAGGGCGAUACACUUUUCGAAGACGUUUGCUGUUCUCCGAGCUUCUUCGGCUCUGCCUGGCCAGGGCUGGAAUGCCAGAGAGCUACAAGGAGUCCUUGUUGCAAUGACCACAUCCGUUUUCACUCUGUAGGAAUCAGCAGGAGAACAAAAAUGAAGGCCUCUUGCGCGUUCCUCGAAUGGCAGGCUGGUGAAGGCGGCGUGGAGGCGAGCAGAUGGACGCUGCUCUAGUCAGAUUCCGUUCCGUGUUGCCUGGUUGCUUGAACACCUCCCCUGUGGUCCAGGCGCCUCCCCUCCCGGACCCUUGUCUCGUAACGCUACAUGGAGUUGGUCUCUCGGUGCCCCUCGCCCAUCCCUUUCUCCCUCGUUUGGAGACCAUCCACAGUCCUGAGAUUGAGGCCUUGUCCUGAGAGAACUUCAGAUCCUACCGAAACGUAACUUGGGCAUUAUCAUUCCCCUUUGAUUCGUUCAGUCUUACAGUCUCUUCCUUUGCACAUUCCUGGGUGGAGGGGGUCCCCGCCAGCGUCGUUUUCAAGGAGUUCAAGCUCCAUUCUUGAAGUGGGCAGAACAGGGGUCACCUUAUUACACAUCAUGUGCCGAUGGUUUCAACUUUAAUUUGGGAGGAGGGAUUUUUCUCCUUUAAACUUGAAGAGGCGGCAUGAGUUCUGGGACGGGACGGACGAGUCCUCUUCCACCUACCCACAAUGCCACUUACAGUUUCCUGUCUUGGGGUUGCCCGGUUCAUGCCAACCUCAUUUGUUUUUGGAGACCUUCUGAUUUUCCAUCUGCCCCAUGAGGAAUUUGAUCCUGUGGUGCCUCAGGGGGCAAGGAGGUGUUUGGGGGGAGGGUGGCAGCCCUUCCUAGGUCUAGAGCAUCCGAGUCCUGCAAGAACCGUUUCCCCAGAGGCGACCGGCCUCCAGCUGUGUGCAGAGAAGACUGGCUAAGGGUUGUUGUAGAUCCAAAAAUCGUCCCACAUGCUGGGGAGUGUGUUUGGUCUUGCUUCCAUGCCUGUCUUGGCUUCUGUCAGUGCGGGGGUUGGGGGGUGGCAAAAACCCCACCACAGCUCCUCUUUCCCCCGGCUUUGAGCUUCGUUGCUGUUGCUGCUUGUAUAUAAGGAUGAUCUGCGUGUACAGAGCUAUUUAAAAUCACUCUCCUCCGUGGCCCCUACCCGCCUCCUCCCCUUUUUCCUUCUGUUUCCCUGCUCCUCUGUCUGGAUUGAACUUGUGUCUCAUCCUCCUCCUUUCCCUGACCCGAGGCCAAAGGAGGAAUUUAAAAAAAAAAAAGAUUGGAUGGUUGUAAAUAAAGUUGAGAUUCCAUAUGGUGAGAAAAGCGUCUGAGCAAAACAUUUUUUUAAAAAAAAAACAGGGCUGGAG